AUGCCUCAACUUCCCGCCCGGCAAGGUUUAGCUCUCCCACUAAAGCAGGGCCAGAGUCUCCAAGUCAUCAAUACGCAUGGAAAACAAGUGAUCGACUUUUGGGCUUUCAACCCCAAAGAUGACCGUGAAUACCUCUCGAUGAGUCACACUCGAGCAAUGCUUUCAAGCAUCUCCUUGCGCAAGGCAAGCAAGUUAUACAGUUCUCGUCGCAAGCCCAUCUUGACACUUUUCGAGGACACGAUCCCGGGUAUCCACGACCUGCUCUUCCCCGCUUGCGACGCUGAGCGCUAUCGCCAGUUGGGUGCUGUAGGGUAUCAUGACAGCUGCCACGACAACAUGCACAAAGCACUGAAAGAGUCUCCUGAUAUCAAGGUUAGGGAAGAUUGGGUUCCCGAUCCGCUGAACCUGUUCAUGAAUGUGGCUGUGGAUCAUCAUGGUGGAAUCGAUAUCCGUGCUCCUACCAGCGAAAAAGGCCAGUAUGUCAUUUUGAGAGCCGAGGCCGAUCUUGUUGUCAUUAUGAGCGCCUGUCCUCAAGAUAUGGUCAAUGUCAAUGGUGAAGGGCCUGCUGAUUGCGAGUAUCGUAUUCUUGAGGAAUCUAGAUAA